AUGCGUAACUUGGACACUGCCGAGCCUGACCAAGCCAGCUCCGCUCCGGCUGACCACCUUGCCGACCCUGUUGGCUUUUCGGUCGGAUCUGAUGACGCCCCGGCGGACGAUGCCUCUUCUGCCGAUGCUGAUCCUGCCGAUGCUGACGUGGGUAGCGACCCAAUGCGUAACUUGGACACUGCCGAGCCUGACCAAGCCAGCUCCGCUCCGGCUGACCACCUUGCCGACCCUGUUGGCUUUUCGGUCGGAUCUGAUGACGCCCCGGCGGACGAUGCCUCUUCUGCCGAUGCUGAUCCUGCCGAUGCUGACGUGGGUAGCGACCCAAUGCGUAACUUGGACACUGCCGAGCCUGACCAAGCCAGCUCCGCUCCGGCUGACCACCUUGCCGACCCUGUUGGCUUUUCGGUCGGAUCUGAUGACGCCCCGGCGGACGAUGCCUCUUCUGCCGAUGCUGAUCCUGCCGAUGCUGACGUGGGUAGCGACCCAAUGCGUAACUUGGACACUGCCGAGCCUGACCAAGCCAGCUCCGCUCCGGCUGACCACCUUGCCGACCCUGUUGGCUUUUCGGUCGGAUCUGAUGACGCCCCGGCGGACGAUGCCUCUUCUGCCGAUGCUGAUCCUGCCGAUGCUGACGUGGGUAGCGACCCAAUGCGUAACUUGGACACUGCCGAGCCUGACCAAGCCAGCUCCGCUCCGGCUGACCACCUUGCCGACCCUGUUGGCUUUUCGGUCGGAUCUGAUGACGCCCCGGCGGACGAUGCCUCUUCUGCCGAUGCUGAUCCUGCCGAUGCUGACGUGGGUAGCGACCCAAUGCGUAACUUGGACACUGCCGAGCCUGACCAAGCCAGCUCCGCUCCGGCUGACCACCUUGCCGACCCUGUUGGCUUUUCGGUCGGAUCUGAUGACGCCCCGGCGGACGAUGCCUCUUCUGCCGAUGCUGAUCCUGCCGAUGCUGACGUGGGUAGCGACCCAAUGCGUAACUUGGACACAGCCGAGCCUGACCAAGCCAGCCCCGCUCCGGCUGACCACCUCGCCGACCCUGUUGGCUUUUCGGUCGGAUCUGAUGACGCCCCGGCGGACGAUGCCUCUUCUGCCGAUGCUGAUCCUGCCGAUGCUGACGUGGGUAACGACCCAAUGCGUAACUUGGACACUGCCGAGCCUGACCAAGCCAGCUCCGCUCCGGCUGACCACCUUGCCGACCCUGUUGGCUUUUCGGUCGGAUCUGAUGACGCCCCGGCGGACGAUGCCUCUUCUGCCGAUGCUGAUACUGCCGAUGCUGACGUGGGUAGCGACCCAAUGCGUAACUUGGACACUGCCGAGCCUGACCAAGCCAGCUCCGCUCCGGCUGACCACCUUGCCGACCCUGUUGGCUUUUCGGUCGGAUCUGAUGACGCCCCGGCGGACGAUGCCUCUUCUGCCGAUGCUGAUCCUGCCGAUGCUGACGUGGGUAGCGACCCAAUGCGUAACUUGGACACUGCCGAGCCUGACCAAGCCAGCUCCGCUCCGGCUGACCACCUUGCCGACCCUGUUGGCUUUUCGGUCGGAUCUGAUGACGCCCCGGCGGACGAUGCCUCUUCUGCCGAUGCUGAUCCUGCCGAUGCUGACGUGGGUAGCGACCCAAUGCGUAACUUGGACACUGCCGAGCCUGACCAAGCCAGCUCCGCUCCGGCUGACCACCUUGCCGACCCUGUUGGCUUUUCGGUCGGAUCUGAUGACGCCCCGGCGGACGAUGCCUCUUCUGCCGAUGCUGAUCCUGCCGAUGCUGACGUGGGUAGCGACCCAAUGCGUAACUUGGACACUGCCGAGCCUGACCAAGCCAGCUCCGCUCCGGCUGACCACCUUGCCGACCCUGUUGGCUUUUCGGUCGGAUCUGAUGACGCCCCGGCGGACGAUGCCUCUUCUGCCGAUGCUGAUCCUGCCGAUGCUGACGUGGGUAGCGACCCAAUGCGUAACUUGGACACUGCCGAGCCUGACCAAGCCAGCUCCGCUCCGGCUGACCACCUUGCCGACCCUGUUGGCUUUUCGGUCGGAUCUGAUGACGCCCCGGCGGACGAUGCCUCUUCUGCCGAUGCUGAUCCUGCCGAUGCUGACGUGGGUAGCGACCCAAUGCGUAACUUGGACACUGCCGAGCCUGACCAAGCCAGCUCCGCUCCGGCUGACCACCUUGCCGACCCUGUUGGCUUUUCGGUCGGAUCUGAUGACGCCCCGGCGGACGAUGCCUCUUCUGCCGAUGCUGAUCCUGCCGAUGCUGACGUGGGUAGCGACCCAAUGCGUAACUUGGACACUGCCGAGCCUGACCAAGCCAGCUCCGCUCCGGCUGACCACCUUGCCGACCCUGUUGGCUUUUCGGUCGGAUCUGAUGACGCCCCGGCGGACGAUGCCUCUUCUGCCGAUGCUGAUCCUGCCGAUGCUGACGUGGGUAGCGACCCAAUGCGUAACUUGGACACUGCCGAGCCUGACCAAGCCAGCUCCGCUCCGGCUGACCACCUUGCCGACCCUGUUGGCUUUUCGGUCGGAUCUGAUGACGCCCCGGCGGACGAUGCCUCUUCUGCCGAUGCUGAUCCUGCCGAUGCUGACGUGGGUAGCGACCCAAUGCGUAACUUGGACACUGCCGAGCCUGACCAAGCCAGCUCCGCUCCGGCUGACCACCUUGCCGACCCUGUUGGCUUUUCGGUCGGAUCUGAUGACGCCCCGGCGGACGAUGCCUCUUCUGCCGAUGCUGAUCCUGCCGAUGCUGACGUGGGUAGCGACCCAAUGCGUAACUUGGACACUGCCGAGCCUGACCAAGCCAGCUCCGCUCCGGCUGACCACCUCGCCGACCCUGUUGGCUUUUCGGUCGGAUCUGAUGACGCCCCGGCGGACGAUGCCUCUUCUGCCGAUGCUGAUCCUGCCGAUGCUGACGUGGGUAGCGACCCAAUGCGUAACUUGGACACUGCCGAGCCUGACCAAGCCAGCUCCGCUCCGGCUGACCACCUUGCCGACCCUGUUGGCUUUUCGGUCGGAUCUGAUGACGCCCCGGCGGACGAUGCCUCUUCUGCCGAUGCUGAUCCUGCCGAUGCUGACGUGGGUAGCGACCCAAUGCGUAACUUGGACACUGCCGAGCCUGACCAAGCCAGCUCCGCUCCGGCUGACCACCUUGCCGACCCUGUUGGCUUUUCGGUCGGAUCUGAUGACGCCCCGGCGGACGAUGCCUCUUCUGCCGAUGCUGAUCCUGCCGAUGCUGACGUGGGUAGCGACCCAAUGCGUAACUUGGACACUGCCGAGCCUGACCAAGCCAGCUCCGCUCCGGCUGACCACCUUGCCGACCCUGUUGGCUGUUCGGUCGGAUCUGAUGACGCCCCGGCGGACGAUGCCUCUUCUGCCGAUGCUGAUCCUGCCGAUGCUGACGUGGGUAGCGACCCAAUGCGUAACUUGGACACUGCCGAGCCUGACCAAGCCAGCUCCGCUCCGGCUGACCACCUCGCCGACCCUGUUGGCUUUUCGGUCGGAUCUGAUGACGCCCCGGCGGACGAUGCCUCUUCUGCCGAUGCUGAUCCUGCCGAUGCUGACGUGGGUAGCGACCCAAUGCGUAACUUGGACACUGCCGAGCCUGACCAAGCCAGCUCCGCUCCGGCUGACCACCUUGCCGACCCUGUUGGCUUUUCGGUCGGAUCUGAUGACGCCCCGGCGGACGAUGCCUCUUCUGCCGAUGCUGAUCCUGCCGAUGCUGACGUGGGUAGCGACCCAAUGCGUAACUUGGACACUGCCGAGCCUGACCAAGCCAGCUCCGCUCCGGCUGACCACCUUGCCGACCCUGUUGGCUUUUCGGUCGGAUCUGAUGACGCCCCGGCGGACGAUGCCUCUUCUGCCGAUGCUGAUCCUGCCGAUGCUGACGUGGGUAGCGACCCAAUGCGUAACUUGGACACUGCCGAGCCUGACCAAGCCAGCUCCGCUCCGGCUGACCACCUCGCCGACCCUGUUGGCUUUUCGGUCGGAUCUGAUGACGCCCCGGCGGACGAUGCCUCUUCUGCCGAUGCUGAUCCUGCCGAUGCUGACGUGGGUAGCGACCCAAUGCGUAACUUGGACACUGCCGAGCCUGACCAAGCCAGCUCCGCUCCGGCUGACCACCUUGCCGACCCUGUUGGCUUUUCGGUCGGAUCUGAUGACGCCCCGGCGGACGAUGCCUCUUCUGCCGAUGCUGAUCCUGCCGAUGCUGACGUGGGUAGCGACCCAAUGCGUAACUUGGACACUGCCGAGCCUGACCAAGCCAGCUCCGCUCCGGCUGACCACCUUGCCGACCCUGUUGGCUUUUCGGUCGGAUCUGAUGACGCCCCGGCGGACGAUGCCUCUUCUGCCGAUGCUGAUCCUGCCGAUGCUGACGUGGGUAGCGACCCAAUGCGUAACUUGGACACUGCCGAGCCUGACCAAGCCAGCUCCCGCUCCGGCUGA